AUGUACGCAACUGCAGCUGGGACUGAGCCGUCGACAAACCUCAAAGAAGUACUUGCGAAGAAAAUUGUUUCUCACAAUAAGAAAGUACUUGAAUUUCGCAAAGAACAUGAUCAAACAGUUUUACAAAAUGUUAAUAUCGGUAUGAUUUAUGGAGGAAUGCGAACAUUAAAGUCAAUGAUAUGUGAAACAUCAGUCUUGGAUCCUGAAGAAGGAAUACGAUUCCGUGGUUAUUCCAUUCCAGACUGUCAAAGACUUUUGCCCCAUGCACCAGGUGGUGAGGAACCAUUGCCAGAAGGAAUAUGGUGGUUGUUAUGUACUGGUGAUAUUCCAAAUGAAAAGCAAACCACAGCAAUCAGCAAAGAAUGGGCAAAACGUGGCGAUCUUCCUGAACAUGUAGAACGUAUGUUGGUCAACUUCCCAUCAACGCUUCAUCCUAUGGCUCAGUUCAUUGCAGCUAUAGCUGCACUUCAUAGUGAAAGCAAAUUUGCUAAGGCUUAUCAUCGUGGCGUCCAUAAGAGUACAUAUUGGGAAUAUGUUUAUGAAGAUUCUAUGGAUUUAUUAGCAAAAUUGACAACAGUUGCUGCCAUAAUUUAUCGAAAUCUCUACCGAGAUGGGAAAUCAUUUGGCACAAUUAAUGCAGAUAAAGAUUGGUCGGCUAACUUUGUCUCUAUGCUUGGAUAUGAUAAGCCAGAAUUUAUUGAAUGUAUGCGUAUGUACUUGACUAUCCACUGUGAUCACGAAGGUGGUAAUGUGUCAGCACAUACCUCGCAUCUCGUAGGGUCAGCACUUGCUGAUCCAUAUUUGUCAUUUUCAGCUGCUAUGGCUGGUCUUGCCGGUCCUUUGCAUGGCUUAGCAAACCAAGAGGUCUUGAUAUUCCUUUCGAAAAUUGUCAAAGAAUUGGGAGACAAAUAUACCGAAAAAGAUCUUAGUGAAUGGGUAUGGAAUCAUCUCAAGAGUGGACAGGUAGUGCCUGGCUAUGGUCAUGCAGUCCUUCGUAAAACUGAUCCAAGAUAUACAUGUUUGCGCGAAUUUGCUCUCAAGUAUCUUCCUGAUAACAAACUAUUCCAUUUGGUCUCUACUCUUUACAAAAUUACUCCCGAUAUUUUACUGAAACAAGGCAAAGCAAAGAAUCCAUGGCCAAAUGUUGAUGCCCAUUCUGGUGUCGUUUUACAACACUUUGGUAUGACUGAAAUGGGAUUUUACACUGUACUUUUCGGUGUUUCACGUGCAAUAGGUUGUUUGUCGCAAAUGAUUUGGUCGCGUGCUAUGGGACUGCCAAUUGAAAGACCGAAAUCGCAUUCUACGGAUGGUCUUAUCGAAUUGGCUAAAAAAACAUCGAAAUCUCAUUAA